GCGGUCAGCAGGCGGCGCUGACUGCGCUCGGACCCGCCCCUCCGAGCACGCGGCGGAGCGACCCGAGGACUCCAGCCGGCAAUGCCCCUUCCUGCCCUCCUGUCCCAGGACGCGGGUCAGUGUCCCCGAGAAGAGAAAUCCCACGGAACCUCGGAGCCGGGGGCGGCGCCGUGGCCUCGGGUUCGCGAGUGGAGCCCCGAGAGCCGACCUGGCGCGGCCGAGUGGCGGCGCUGAGUCCAGGUCCCGGAGGCCCGCGGACCUCGGGAGGGGGCGCCCGCUCCCGCCGCUCCGGCGCCGCUUCCCGGGAAGCUUCAAGUUUUGAAAGUCUCGGCGGAGGGGCCGGGGCUUCCGGAGCCCGACCCAAGCCCGACCGGUGAGAAGAGGCCGCGCGGCCGGAGCGCGCCAUGGAGGAGGCGGCGCUGCGGCAGCCUGGGCCGGGCCAGCGGCCCCCAGAGGACGAGAAAGAGGCGAUCCGCCGGGCCAUCCAGAAGGAGCUAAAAAUCAAGGAGGGUGUGGAGAACCUGCGGCGGGUGGCCACCGACCGCCGCCACCUGGGCCACGUGCAGCAGCUCCUCCGGACCUCCAACCGCCGCCUGGAGCAGCUGCACGGGGAGCUGCAGGAGCUGCACGCCCGCAUCCUGCUGCCGGGCCCCCCAGCUGAACCUGUGGCCCCGGGACCCCGGCCUCCGGCAGAGCAGCCAAGGGCCCGGCACCUGGAGGCGCUACAGAGGCAGCUGCAGGUGGAGCUGAAGGUGAAGCAGGGGGCGGAGAACAUGACCCACACAUAUGCCCGCGGCACACCCAAGGGGAGGAAGCUCCUGGCGGCUGCUCAGCAGAUGCUGCGGGACAGCCAGCUGAAGGUGGCCCUGCUUCGGAUGAAGAUCAGCAGCCUGGAGGCCAGUGGGUCCCCGGAGCCAGGUCCUGAACUGCUGGCGGAGGAGCUGCGGCACCGGCUGCGCAUUGAGGCUGCUGUGGCCGAGGGGGCCAAGAACGUGGUGAAGCUGCUGGGCAGCCGGCGACUGCAAGACCGCAAGGCGCUGGCCGAGGCUCAGGCCCAGCUCCAGGAGUCCUCCCAGAAGCUGGACCUCCUGCGGCUGGCCUUGGAGCAGCUGCUGGAGGGACUGCCUCCUGCCCACCCUCUGCGUGGCAGAGUGGCCCGGGAGCUGCGGACUGCUGUGUCUGGGAACCCUCAGCCUUCAGGGAUGCUUGUAAAGCCCAUCGCCAUGACAGGGACACUGCAGGUCCACCUCCUGGGCUGUGAGCAGCUGCUGACAGCUGUGCCCGGCCGGUCCCCGGUGACUGCGCUGGCCAGGAGCCCCUCCCAGGGCUGGCUUCGGGGCAGAGCCAGGCAGCAGCGUGGCACAGGCGAGCUGGCCAGUGAGGUGCUGGCCGUGCUAAAGGUGGACAAUCGCAUCGUGGGCCAGACGGGCUGGGGGCCAGUAGCCCAGCAGUCCUGGGACCAGACCUUUGUCAUCCCCCUGGAGCGGGCCCGAGAGCUGGAGGUCGGGGUGCACUGGCGGGACUGGCGACAGCUGUGCGGCGUGGCCUUCCUGCGGCUGGAGGACUUCCUGGACAAUGCGUGUCACCAGCUCACCCUCAGCCUGGUGCCCCAGGGGCUGCUCUUUGCCCAGGUAACCUUCUGUGACCCUGUCAUUGAGAGGAGGCCCCGGCUGCAGAGGCAGAAACGCAUUUUCUCUAAACGCAGGGGUCAGGACUUCCUGAGGGCUUCCCAGAUGAACCUCAGCAUGGCAGCCUGGGGGCGCUUGGUCAUGAACCUGCUGCCCCCCUGCAGCUCCCCAAGCACGAUCAGCCCUCCCAAAGCGUGUCCCCGGACCCCUGCCACUCCUCGGGGGGCCACCAGCCCUGCCUCGCCCAGUAGUUUCCCACCCAAGAAGACCCCCUUGGGAGAAGAGAUGAGGCCCCCACCCAAGCCCCCGCGCCUUUACCUGCCCCAGGAGCCAGCCCUCGAGGAGACGCCGCGCACCAAACGCCCCCACAUGGAGCCCAGGACUCGACUGGGGUCAUCUCCACCAGCCUCCGCGACCAGGAAACCCCCACGGCUUCAGGACUUCCGCUGCUUGGCUGUGCUGGGUCGGGGACACUUCGGGAAGGUUCUCCUGGUGCAGUUCAAGGGGACGGGGAAAUACUACGCCAUCAAAGCGCUGAAGAAGCAGGAGGUGCUGAGCCGGGACGAGAUAGAGAGCCUGUACUGCGAGAAGCGGAUCCUGGAGGCUGUGGGCCGCACGGGGCAUCCCUUCCUGCUGUCCCUCCUGGCCUGCUUCCAGACCUCCAGCCACGCCUGCUUCGUGACUGAGUUUGCGCCGGGCGGCGACCUCAUGAUGCAGAUCCACGAGGAUGUUUUCCCUGAGCCCCAGGCGCGGUUCUACCUGGCCUGUGUGGUUCUGGGACUGCAGUUCUUGCAUGAGAAGAAGAUCAUUUACAGGGACCUUAAGUUGGAUAAUCUUCUGCUGGAUGCCCAGGGUUUCCUGAAAAUCGCAGACUUCGGGCUAUGUAAGGAAGGGAUUGGCUUUGGGGAUCGGACCAGCACCUUCUGCGGCACCCCAGAGUUCCUGGCCCCUGAGGUGCUGACCCAGGAGGCCUACACACGGGCCGUGGACUGGUGGGGGCUGGGCGUGCUGCUGUACGAGAUGCUGGUGGGUGAGUGCCCAUUCCCAGGGGACACCGAGGAGGAGGUGUUUGACUGCAUCGUCAAUGCGGAAGCCCCGUAUCCCCGCUUUCUGUCGGUGCAAGGACUCGAGCUCAUUCAGAAGCUCCUCCAGAAGUGCCCGGAGAAGCGCCUGGGGGCCGGCGAGCAGGACGCCGAGGAGAUCAAGACACAGCCUUUCUUCGGGGCCUUUUCUUCCCCGAAGUCUACUAAUGGCCCCCAGACUGCACACCAGACUCCCAGGGCCGACCGACAUCCUGCAGCAUCUGGGAACAGCCAUUCGUGCUGACCUCGAGUCCUUCACCCACUCCGUUCUGGCCCCUGGGAUCUGCUGCCCCACCACUCUCAGGUGUCACCCUGGACCCCGAUGGCCUUCCCAUGGGUGGGUGGGUGGCGGUGCUGUUCACUGCAGCCUCUAAGUGCUAAGGGGCGUCUGAAGCGUUUUAGGAAGUAAGGGAUGCCUGGCGUGGGCAGGAGCCGGGACGAGGCGGCGUGACUGCUCCUAAGCGCCCUGUCCGUGCCAGUCACAGCUGCUGUCACACAGGCCAGCUCAGGCACACCCUCGGGUCUUACGGAGAGGUCCAGUGACCGGGCCAGUCUUACCCAGUGCUUCCCAAACCUCCUGGGACCCCGGUGACAGCGAAUGUCCCCAGGCCCACCUCCCACACCCACUGGGGGGGAACAUCCAGGUUGGGGCCUGUACAUCGCAAACAGUCUUUCCAGAUGAUUCUUUAGGGAAAUUAAUGUGAGAACCAUCAUUUUGCUCUUCUUAAACUCAGAUAAAUCUGUCAAUUAAUGUUUAAGCUGUGCCUUUUGCCAAAAAGAACUGCAGAAACAGCCAACACUCCCAGCCCAGUCAUGUCUUGGGAGACUCAGAGCUCCAGGCCCCUCUCCACGACCCUCUAUUCUGCACCGUGUCAGGAACUGGGGUAAACUUAAGCCGCUCCCUCCUAGAAUGGGUCCUAGAGAAAGCAAGGGUCACUGUGAGGUCAGCCCAGUGACGUCUUAGACUCCAGUGAAAACCCCACCGCCGCGCAGGGCCUGACGCUCUGAGGGACCUCGCCUUCAGGCACGUUCGCCAGGCCCCGCCUCAUCUCUAGUGUGUAUGUCACCACACUGCGUCCUCCCUUCCGCUGGAAUGUUUUUAGCCAGAAAUAAUGAAAGAUUCUGAUUUGACUUGUGGAUGGCCACACUGUGGCUGAAACGACACUCAGGGAGGCCCCAGCUGGACAUCAAUAUGCUGUCCACCUCCACACUCACCUCAUGUCCUGACCGCCCGCAGUGUCCCUCAGCCCCCAAAUCAAGGCUCCAGCAGAAACACUGCCUGUCUCUUACCGGGCCA